AUGGAUGUCUUCGAUUGGGCUUUUUUCAUUCUAUCUAAAAUAAUAGCGAUCCAAGUCACAGUCAAUGAGGGGAUCCUUGAAGGAGAUAUAGUGAGAAAUCCCUUCGGUAGUCCCUAUUUUAGCUUCAAAGGUAUUCCUUAUGCAGACCCUCCAGUGGGAGAGUUAAGAUUUAAGGCUCCCGUUCGUAAAACACCAUGGCAAGGAGUUCGAAGCGCUAAGGAACACUCUCCAAAAUGUUAUCAAUUCGAACUGUUUACCAACGAAACUCGUCCGCCCCUAGGAAGCGAAGACUGCUUGUAUCUCAACGUUUAUACUCCGAACAUAGCUCCAAUACAAUCAUUACCUGUCAUGGUUUAGAUACACGGAGGAGGAUUUGCCAGUGGCAGCGGAAAUGAUGACGAACAAAGUCCUGAGUUUCUAAUGAGAAAAGGCGUGAUUCUUGUUACUUUAAACUACAGAUUAGAAAUACUAGGAUUCCUUUCCCUUGACACAGAAGACAUUCCAGGAAAUGCCGGCAUGAAAGAUCAAGUAGCCGCACUAAAAUGGGUUAAAGAAAACAUACAAAAGUUUGGUGGCGAUCCAGAUAACAUCACCAUAUUCGGGGAAAGCGCUGGAGGAGCAAGUGUUUCCUACCAUUUAGUUUCACCAAUGAGUAAAGGUUUAUUUAACAGAGCUAUAACACAGAGCGGUGCUCUCACAUGCUGGUGGCCAAAUACUUUUAGAGCAAGAGAUAGAGCGUUAGCUCUAGCUAUGGAAUUAGGAUGUUAUUCUAAACAAGACAAAGAAAUUGCUGAGUGUCUUAGAGCACAACCCUGUGAAAACCUUAUUUCAAAACAAAUUAAAGUCACCUAUUCUCAAUUGGCCAAGGUAUCUCCCAAUGUUUAUUUUGGUGUCGUUUCGGAACAACAAUUUGGUGACAACCAAAGAUUCUUUUACGGACACCCAUACGACGUUUUACGUGAUGGUAUUCACGAGGGUGUGCAAGUUAUGAACGGUUAUACAGAGGAUGAAGGAGUUUUGUAUUUCUCAACAGGUGUGGAUGCUGAUACAGUUUUUGAUCAAGCCAAAAGGUUCACGGAAUUCUUUGUUCCCGAACCUCACAUAACUAAUACGUCAUUAGUCAUCCAAAUGGAAAUUGGUAAAAGAUUUAGAGAAUUCUACAUGGAAGAUAAAGUUCCAUCAAAGGCAACGUUAGAUUAUAUGUUGAAAUACUUCAACAUGGAAUUGUUCGUGUAUGGGACUAUGGCACUCCAAAAAUUUAUAGCGAAAACGAGUGAAAAGAAAAAUUACUUGUACAAAUUCACCUGUAAAUCUGAAUUGAACAGAUUCACUCAAUUGACGGGGAUCGACACGUUAUUUGAUUAUAGACCAGUGGUGGCACAUUCUGAUGACCUUCCCUACCUUUUCCCAUUGGCAUCGAAGUUUGAUAAAAUUGAUAUGAACUCGGACACAUUCAGAAUGAUUGAUCAAGUCACGACACUGUGGACUAACUUUGCUAAAUAUGGAGACCCAACUCCCGAUGCCAGUUUAGGUGUGCAAUGGCUUCCAUACUCUCUAGAAAACCAAGAAUAUUUGGACAUUGGCGAGGAGCUGGUCCCUGGAACGUUUCCUGAAAAGAAAGCAGUUGAGUUUUGGGAGAAUAAUUUUAAAGAGUUUUUACCGAAAUUAGUACCAUAG